AUGGUUCUGUCCACAGAAAAGCUCCAGUCUUGUUUUGUACAGUGACUCAUGUCAGACGACGGACAAUAACUCCUUCACAGCGGGAUCUGUAGAACUGGACCAGGACACCUGUACCAGGACACCUGGAGUCCUCAGUCUCCUGUUUGAUGGGACAGAGGAAGAGCAGCUCACCCUGACCUCUCCUUACUGUCUGGACAUCAUCACUCACACUGAGGCUGAUGGACACCCAGGAUCAGACCUCUUCAGUGGGGACAGGACUCCUGUCCAGGCUGUCCCACAUGAAGAACAGUGUUGGACCUGCAGAGUCCGUGUCCUGCAGCCAGAGGACGGAGGACAACAUGAGGAGCAGGAGCAGUGAUGGUCGGAGUCCUCUGGCUGCACAAAACAUGAACAACUGCAACAACAACGACGGAAAGAAAGAUGACAAGAAGGAUGAAAAGAAAGACGACAAGAAAGAUGAAAAGAAAGAUGAUAAAAAGGAUGACAAGAAGGACGACAAGAAGAAUGACAAGAAAGAUGAUAAAAAGGACGAUAAAAAGGAAGAACCGAAGGAGGUGUGGAUCAUGGAUCCUUCCACAGACCUGUACUACUACUGGCUGUGCACAGUCUCCAUCCCAGUGUUCUACAACCUGAUGUUGCUGGUGGCCAGGGCUUGUUUUAAUGAGCUGCAGUACACAAACACAACACAGUGGAUGGUGCUUGACUACAUUUCAGAUGCCCUCUACUACUUUGACACUUUCGUAAGAGCCAGGACAGGUUUCCUGGACCAAGGACUGCUCGUAAGGGAUGCAAAUGUCCUGAAAGAAAAGUACAUGAAGACACGUCAGUUCAGAUUAGAUAUCAUAUCCAUGAUUCCUACUGAUAUUGUAUUCUUAAAAAUUGGAGUGGACAACCCAGAGUGGAGGUUCAACCGUCUCUUUAAGUUAGCCCGACUCUUUGAGUUCUUUGAUAGGACUGAGACUCGAACCAAUUUCCCCAACAUAUUCCGAAUCGGUAACCUUGUACUUUACAUCAUCAUCAUUAUCCACUGGAAUGCUUGCCUCUACUUUGCCUUCUCAAAGAUACUCGGCCUAGGCUCAGACACCUGGGUGUAUCCAGACAUUAAGAAGAAUCCAGAGUUUGCUCAUUUGGCCCGGCAGUACAUCUACUGCUUUUACUGGUCCACUCUCACCCUGACCACCAUUGGUGAGACCCCACCUCCGGUCCGAGACAUUGAGUACUUCUUUGUGGUAGUUGACUUCCUCACAGGGGUCCUGAUCUUUGCUACGAUUGUCGGCAAUGUUGGUGCCAUGAUUUCCAACAUGAGCGCUGCACGUGUAGAGUUCCAGGCUAAGAUCGACUCUAUCAAGCAGUAUAUGCAAUUUCGAAAGGUCACCAAAGACCUGGAGGUGAGGGUGGUGAAGUGGUUUGACUACCUGUGGACAGAGGAUAAAACCUGUGAUGAGAAGCAGGUGCUGAAGAACCUGCCAGACAAGCUAAAGGCUGAGAUAGCCAUCAACGUACACCUGGAGACCCUAAGCAAAGUGCGCAUCUUUCAAGACUGUGAAGCAGGUUUGCUUGUUGAGCUGGUCCUCAAGCUUCAGCCUCAAGUUUUCAGUCCUGGAGACUACAUCUGUAAGAAGGGGGACAUUGGCAGGGAAAUGUAUAUCAUAAAAGAAGGAAAACUGGCUGUAGUAGCAGAUGAUGGGGUGACCCAGUUUGUUGUUCUCAGUGAUGGGGCGUACUUUGGAGAAAUCAGCAUCCUGGGUAUCAAGGGCAGUAAGGCAGGAAACCGAAGAACAGCUAACAUCCGAAGCGUGGGCUACUCUGAUUUGUUUGCUCUGUCCAAAGAUGACCUGAUGGAGGCACUCACCGAGUAUCCUGAGGCUAAAUAUGCACUGGAGGAGAAAGGAAGGGCCAUCCUGAUGAAAGAUAACCUCAUAGACAUGUCCCUGGCCGCUCUCACCGAUGCCAAAGACUUGGAGAACAAAGUCAACCAGAUUGAAGCCAGUUAUGAGAUCAUAUCAACCAAAUUUCGAAAGCUGUCAAACCAGUAUGAAUCCUCCCAGCGUAAAAUGAAGCAGCGGCUCACUAAUCUUUCAAACCAGGUCCGAACCCUCAGAGUAGAUGAUGAGUAGAGCUUGGCUUGGUACUACCAGGCUAAGGGACUCUUCCAUUCCUACUGAGGUUGUCCCAUGGUAGUGUUGGACUCUGUACACACCACAUGACAUCUGACCCGCAGCUGGACAGUCUAUCUCUAUUCAUAUUUCCCAUAUAUAAAACACAGGCAUAAAUAGGACCCGACACCUCAAUAUUGAGUAUCAUAAAACUCACAGUGGGGAACAGACUUCUUGGUCAGAUUCUUGUUUACUUGUCUUUCAAACAGAUAUUCUGUGAUGUCACCAUCAUCACCACCAUUUACUUUAUUUUGUUACAUUAAAAAGUUUUUGUAGAAAAACAAAAUGUUAGUGCUGAGUGACAAAACAUAUCACAAAAGGUCUCAGAACUGAAAUAUGAGUCAUCUUUGCACCUGUAAUCAAGUAAUCUAAUAGAGUCUAUCAGUCUAUCAGAUAGACUCUUAGCCUUAGUGAUCAAGUACAGAGGCAUCUGUCAAUGCAACGUUUAUAUAAAUCACUCAGGAAAAGUACCAAUACCACCACCACUUUGCCUAGAUAUUCUAUAAAAUGCAGUUUGACAUGAAUAUAUUUGAUUCACAAAAAUUGUAUGAUCGUUUUCAUUUGACGUUUGUAGCAUGAUUUUAAAGAAAUUAUGUUACCUGGGUGUGUAUUCAACAACCGCAGACAAGAUGCUUUUUGCAGUGACUGC